AUACGUAAUUCAAUUGCUUGACAUCUGCGCAUUUUCCUUCUUUGAUAACCCCAGGUUUCAUCCGGGACGGACCUUCUCGUAUAAAAGCUGCGUCUAGUGCGCAGUAAAAUUUUGUGUAGAAAAGUCUACGGAGAUAGCCCCAUCAACUGCCCUGACUUCAAGAUGAAAGUGCUGCUAGUUUUAAGUGUGGUUUGUGCAACAGUCUCGUCUCGGUUAACAUCGAAACUAGGUGACCAUCAUAAUGACUCGCUUAUCCAUAAAACCAUUCUUACUACAACUAAAUCAAGGAACAGUGUACUCGGAUCAACAAGAGACGAUACCACAAUCAAAACAAGAAACGUGUUCACAGAUGCGACAAGGUUGUGGCCAAACGGGGAAGUUCCGUUUAUAUUUGACGAUAAUGUCCCGGCUUUCACAAAAAUUGAACUAUUAGCUGCAAUGCAAGAAAUAGAAAUGAGUAUAUAUAGCGGGAAUAAGAUAUGUGUCAUGUUUGUUCCUCGUACAUCCGAACCAGAUUACCUUCAUAUAUCUUGGACAAGCGGAACAUCUGGUUCUACAAGUAUUGGACGAGUUGGUGGCAGACAAGAAAUGACGGUAAAUAGCGCUGGUGGGCGUGGACAUGAUGACAAUUUAGAAAUUCUCCUUAUGGUCAUGGGAGUUAUACCAGAAGUCAUGCGUCCUGACAGAAACACAUAUUUGAAUAUUAACAUUGACAACGCGAUAUCUUCGAGCCCAUUCCGAGUAUUAACUGGAACUGGGACCAGUUCUUUUGGUCAAAGUUUUGAUUAUGAGUCUCUUGUUCUUGGAAACCCGUAUCAGUAUGCAAAAGACAGCGCUUAUCCUGUGACAUCGGCAAAACAAAGCGGUAAGGUUAUGGGUCAAGGUGUUUCGUUAACAAAAGGAGAUGUUACAUUGAUACAGCAUGCCUACCAGUGUACUGUCGAUUCAUCUCAUGAUGUUGACCUCUUGGGUUCAUUACUAAUUGAAUGUCACUUUCAUGUAGAUAUGUGUAAUUUCAUACAAGACAAAACAGAUGAUUUUGACUGGGUUGUAAAGGCUGGUCCAUCGGCAACAACCGGUACUGGCCCCUAUGCUGACUACAGCAGCGGAUCGGGAAAAUUCGCCCUUGCUCAGGCUACGGGGCACCACAACCAAGAUGCUCGCCUGUUAUCCCCGACAUUCAAUGCUGGUGAAUACUGCUUAAGAGUGCACUUGCAUAUGUAUGGACGAGAUAUCGGUACCCUGAAAAUUUCUGCGGUUCUCCCGGACGGUACCAAACAAUAUUUACUAAACCAGAGCGGCCAACUUCCCAACACGUGGUACCAUGUUUACUCGACGCUCAACAGCAAGACAUCUUUUCAUCUUGAGAUAGAGGUUACCGUGGGCAACGGAGACCUGGGAGAUAUAGCUGUUGACGACAUAUACUUCUACAAUGGUCAAUGUAUUGAAUGGGAUUAGGUUAUAUCAUGCAUGAAAUUUUGAGAUGGUGUGAAAUUUUAUAUUUAAGUUCAGAAUAAAAAGUUGAUAUCAA